GCUAUUAUUUUACUGUAAAGGAAGACCAAACGGAAAGAGAGAGGGGAGGGAUUCAGAAGAGGGGCAUUCCUACGGCCGCCUCCUUCACAACCACCAUCCGACAACCAUACUUCAAUGCUCAAGAAUGUAAUCGCUUUUUUAAUCAUUUUGUAGGAUAAUAUCAAGAAACUGUGUUUUUAAAACAUGAGUGAAUAUUUUGACCUUCACUGUUAAACCGAGCAUCUCUUCCACAAACGCGGUCUGUAUCGAUUUCGUCCUACAUUUUUAUUGUGUUUGUUCAUUUCGUUUUUAAAAGACUACAUGGAUGAUUACUACUAAUUUCUAUUGCUUUUUAUGUGAAGGGAGAGGAUAGAAGAAAAUCCCAUUAUUUUUAAAUGGGCGUCAUUUUCUGAAAUUCACUGAGUGGAGAGAAAAACCGAGUCUGAGAGGAGACAUCCGCCUUAUAAUGACAGAGGAAGAAGGCCGACAUUGUAAUCCUCCACACACCAAUGCAAUAGGAUGAGCAGGAAUCUGGAUGCAUUUUUCUUUUUUGAAACUUCAGAGCCUUGUUUGUUUUCUUCGGUGAAUUUCAAAUUACUGCCUCUUUUGGGGUUAUAAUCACAAGGAAUGUUAUGCCAUGAACAAAUUCUCCAAACAGAGGGAAUACAACAUUUACUCGGACAGAACGAAAGCAGAUGCUCUUCAGCACGUCACUUCUGAUAAUAAGACAUGAAUUUCUGAGUAAAAUAACGUUAUCGUAGUUUAUCCAAGGUUUUGCGAUAUAGGAUGACGAGUCAACUGCACAAUAAAAACGAAAUAACGGAUUGCAAAAUCACGAAAACCCCUCACCCUGCUGAAGGUAACCAAGGAAAAGCAAAGGGAAAACUGGACAUUAAUGCAAACUCUUUUUACAAAGCCUAUAACCACAGAUUAUCAUCUGAGAUAUGAGAGUGAUGGAUUGACAUUUUAUAUUGAAAAUAUAGAAAUUCUUUGCUUUGUUUUAAUAUAUCAAGAGCGAACUUGUUCAGGGAAUUUUAUAGCUCAUAGAAAAACAUUGAUGUGAAGCAUGCACUGUUCCCCAUUAUCCAUAGGUAAAACCAAGAAUUACUGUUGACCUAUAUUUUGCUUCCAUGGUUGGAUAGAGUCAGUUGAUAGUCAUACAAUUCAGGGCUGACUGUAAAAAGCUUACUGUAGCCUCCAUGCACAUUGCAGAGCAUCCCAGGAAUUGUAGGCUAAAGUUAAUUUGCUGAAGUUAUUUGUACCCUCAACUGCCUGUAAUCGGGAAAGGCUAUUUCUCAGGUUAUUGAAUUACAGAUCGGUCCAAACAAUAUGGGGAGUGACAGUGAGCUCUACAACAGAGACUUGUCAAAGAUGUCUGACGAGGAUUUACUCUCCUGCUCUAAAGAAGAGCUGGUGAGUCGACUGCGUAAGGAGGAGUCAGAGAAGAUCUCUGCUCUUAUCCAGCGUGGACGGCUGAUAAAAGAAGUUAACAAACAAUUACAGGGCCACCUGCUUGAGAUCAGGGAGCUGAAAACCGUCAACCAGCGUCUCCAGGAAGAAAACACAGAAUUGCGCGACUUGUGCUGUUUCCUUGAUGAUGACCGACUAAAGGUGAAGAAGCUGGCCCGGGAAUGGCAGCUGUUCGGUCACCACGCAGCCAAAGUGAUGCGUGAGGAUCUGGGCGGCUACUUGAAAAAACUGUCCGACCUAGAGCGCAUGCAGGAUGGAUUGGUGAAGGAGAAUCUGGACCUCAAAGAACUCUGUCUGGUCCUGGAGGAGGAAUGUGUCAGCAGGAAUGACUCCAGUCCCGGUGGUUCCACUGAGCUCAACCUGCCGUGUAUGGUGUCCCGAGACCUGGGAGAUGGAAGUUCAAGCACUGGGAGUGUCGGUAGUCCGGACCAGCUUCACCUGGUGUGCUCACCUGAUGACUGAAGAUGGGACAGAGCUAGAUACUUUCACUGAGUAGUGAAAGAGCACGAUAAAGAGAAAUAUGGGUUGAGGAAAUAUGUUUAGUUGUUUACAGCAUUCAUUGGUAGAACACAAACUUGAUUGGGGUACUUUUUAGAAGAUGGCCUAUAACACACAGUAAUACAGCAGCAUCUCCAGAAUAGCAGUCAGUUCUGUUCCUUCUGCACGUGCUGCCGUCCUGAAGAAGAGUUGAAAAAGGAUCCUCAAGAGAAAAUAAAAAGUAUUUUUCCUGGAAAGAGGGAUGACAGGCCCACAUAAACAUUUGAGACUAAAGGUCAAGCUUUAUCGAAUGAUCAUUUUGCAAUUUUAUGCUUUUUUAAAACAAUCUUUUGGGAGGUUUUCCUCUUUUCUGUGAUUGAGACUAUAUGUGUUAACAGUAGUAGGUGUUGUUGGAAGGAGGUUAGGUUAGGAUGUUAUCUCAUGCACUGGACUGUACUGUUAGUGGACUACUUCGUACUGCAUUGCACUGGACAAAGCUAUUAUAUGGGUCCUUGUAGACACAUAUCUCUAUCCAGAUUUGAGCCAUACUAGUCUACUGUACAUGACAUCCAAAAGCACUGAAAUAUUUGAAGGAUGAGUGAUGAUUUUUGUGAAAGACCUUUAAAUAACAUUUAAAUUAUGUAGAUUAUGCAUUCAGUCCCUCAGGUCAGGAUUGGAGUGCUGUGUGUAUGAAAUCACAAACUAACAAGGGAAUAGUAUAUUAUGAACACUGUCUUGGCUGCCCAUGAGUUUUACACUGAAAUACAUAGCUAGUGUGCCACAGUAAUUUAGGCUGUACAAUGCACUAAAACGUGUGAUGGCACCGCUGGUUUGUGUCUUGCACCUGCACCUAUGAUGGUGUACUUAGAAGUUCCUCAGAACUGAACAGCCCAGGCUGUUCUCAACCAGCCACUUUUGUGUCAAACUGGAAGCUCGAGACUGGAUUUGACAUGAUGGAUUUAUAGAUGCUGGGAACUAGACAAGACACUUUUAAUUUGUUCUUUACUACAUUAUUAUUGUUAUGAAUAUUAUCAUUAUUACUACUGCUUCACAUUUUCUGUCUAAAAUGCCAAUAGUCAGGAUGCUAAUAUAAUGUUUUGUGGUAAUUCUGUAGAUAUACUCUCUCAUUGUCUUCAUUAACUUGACAUAUCAGUAUUACAUCAUUAACAAAUACAUAUUUCUGUUUUAAGCAUAUAGACCAUGCUCAUGGAUUGGAUAAGAUUUGCUUUGUUGUUGGCUGUGAUUGGUGGGCUGCUCGUAGUGCAUUGAAGAGCUUUAAAUACACUGGCUGAGACAAUCAUGUUGUGACCUUUGUGUGUGUGACUUUGCAGACAUUCAUUUUACAUGGUGCAACAUGAGUGAUUGAUUGAUCUCUCGACCUGUUAUGACCUGUUUGUCCCAGGUGAUUGAUGUUCCUGUCCAUGUCAUACAGCCUGGCGUUGUGGAUAUUUAUCAGUUUUAUUUUUGGACCUCUGUUUGCGCAGUGGAUGGUAAUGCUUUAACCCACUUAGUGAUACACAGAGAAGCACACACAGGCUCUCUCUCCUAAAUCUCCUUUUUAUUAUCAUUGCUAUCAUAUGCUCUCUGGGCCUCCUGUGAGUGAGUCACUUCAUUUGCGAGAAGUACAGUAACAUCAGAACUCUGUGUUCAGGAAUCAGGGUCAUGGCCAAUAAAUCUCCAUUUACCAGACUCUCA